CUCUCGCGAGAUCAGGUGGCUCUGGACCGGGCGGGCACUGCGCAGAGUGGAGGUCGUUGGAGUCACUCUUCUCCUCGUAGCUCCUGCCAGUAGCUCCGUGUCCCGCCCGCUCUAACCAUGCUGUCCGCUCUCGCCCGUCCUGCCGGCGCCGCUCUCCGCCGCAGCUUCAGCACUUCGGCCCAGAAUAAUGCUAAAGUGGCUGUCCUGGGAGCUUCUGGGGGUAUUGGGCAACCCCUUUCACUCCUGCUGAAGAACAGCCCCCUAGUGAGCCGCCUGACCCUCUACGAUAUCGCUCACACACCUGGUGUGGCAGCAGAUCUGAGUCACAUUGAGACCAGAGCAAAUGUGAAAGGCUACCUUGGACCGGAGCAGUUGCCAGAUUGCCUCAAAGGUUGUGAUGUGGUGGUCAUCCCAGCCGGAGUGCCCAGGAAACCAGGAAUGACACGGGAUGACCUGUUCAACACCAACGCUACCAUUGUGGCCACCCUGACGGCUGCCUGUGCCCAGCACUGUCCUGAAGCCAUGGUUUGCAUCAUUGCCAACCCAGUGAACUCCACCAUCCCCAUCACAGCAGAAGUUUUCAAGAAGCACGGCGUGUACAACCCCAACAAGAUCUUCGGUGUGACAACCCUUGACAUCGUCAGAGCNAACACGUUUGUGGCAGAGCUAAAGGGUUUGGAUCCAGCUCGAGUCAACGUGCCUGUCAUUGGCGGCCACGCCGGGAAGACGAUCAUCCCCCUCAUCUCUCAGUGUACCCCUAAGGUUGACUUUCCCCAAGACCAGCUGGCCACACUCACCGGGAGGAUCCAGGAGGCUGGCACAGAAGUCGUGAAGGCCAAGGCUGGAGCAGGUUCUGCCACUCUGUCCAUGGCUUAUGCUGGAGCCCGCUUUGUCUUCUCCCUCGUGGANGCCAUGAACGGGAAGGAAGGAGUCGUUGAGUGUUCUUUUGUUCAGUCCAAAGAGACGGAAUGCACUUACUUCUCUACGCCCUUGCUGUUGGGGGUGCGUAUCCAGGGCGAGCCCCCAUCACUGCCUGGGAACCUGCUUGGCUUUAGGGGAGGAGGAACAAUGUCACUUAGAGCAGAGCUGUGCAAGUAUAGCGUGGGGAAUGUGGCAGCUGUGAAUGGCUGUCAAGGCCAGGCUACAGUUGAA